CGAAUACUAAUUGGAGUAAAGGCAUAACGAUCUUAGCUUUGGGAUUGGGGCUUGUGAAGACCUUCGUCGCGGGGCAUUCCAUUGACGCUGAGACGCGCCACUGUUUUCCCAAUCAUGCAAGCUUAGUAUAUUCAAGAUGGUGUUACUAAGGCUGCUGGCUGUACUUCUAGUGGCUGGCGCAGCAGGGGUCAGGUCCCAGGCUCCCGCCACGAACCCCUCUCCCUCGCCCCCUCCUUCCCCCACUCCCACCGACUGGCGCACCCGUGACCACUCCCCGGGCAUGUGCGCCAUGUACGGCACCUGCGGCCACCGCCGCGACGGCGACCCACUCGCAUGCGCCGCCAACCUGCCCGCCGCACCCCCCUCCCCGGAGCUGGCGACCCGGCUGCAGGCGGUGUGCCCCAGCCUGUGGGCGGACCGGGGCGGACCCGCGGGUCGGUACUGCUGCACGGCGGAUCAGGUGGACCGCAUCGCCUCGGAUACCCAGAAGGCGCUCCCCUUCAUCGUGGGCUGCCCCGCCUGCCGUCACAACUUCGUGCAGCUCUGGUGUCUGCUCACCUGCUCACCCGACCAGGCGGCCUUCACAAACGUCACUGCCAUACAAACCGCUCCCGACUCCGGGGCGCCCAACGCGGUGGCGGAGGUGGAGCACUGGCUGGCGGAGGAGUACGGCAACCAGCUGUACGACUCGUGCAAGGAUGUCAAGUUCGGCGCCGCCAACGUUCCCGCCAUGAGCUUCAUCGGCGGGGGCGCCCGCAGCGGCCAGCAGUGGCUGGACUUCCUGGGCACGCUCAAGGACAGGCGGGUGCCGCCGCUGGGGGCACCCAUACAGAUCGACUUCAGGCCGGAGAACAGCACCCCCCCCGGCCUGAGCCCCAUGCGGGA